GGUCUCUAUAUAAACAGAAUCUCGAUUAUCACCUUAUUCUCAUCGUAAUAGUACGCAAGAGUUAAGUUGCGAUUUUGUUUAAUAAACAAAAAAAAAUUGAAAAAAUGGUGACUACGAUUAAAGUACCUCCUGAUGGUGGCUACGCAUGGAUUAUAGUCCUAGCAAACGCUAUAAGCAAUCUCAUAAUAGUCCCAUUAAUUCAAACUUUCGGCCUUAUCUUUAAAGACACAUUCGCCGCAAUGGGCUUAUCAGCGACCGAAGGCUCCCUAAUAAUUAACCUAAACGCCGCUUUCGGCAUGAUCAUGGGUCUUUUCAAUGGUUUCCUUUUGAAAAUCUUCGGAUAUCGCAAAAUCGCAAUGACUGCAUCGUUUCUAACAACAGUAGGAAUCAUCAUGACGGCAUAUUCCAGCACCUUCACCCAUUUCAUGAUCUCCUACGGUCUUAUAACAUCACUCGGCAUGGGCAUGAAUAUGUCGGCUUACAGUCUCGCACUCAACAGCUAUUUCCGGAAAAAUCGAGGCAAAGCGGUGGGAUAUGCCAUGACAAUCACAGGCCUAGGACCCAUACUCAUGCCCCAAUUAAUCAACGUUUUAAUGAAAAUGCAUGCAGUACAAGGAGUAACUCUAAUACUCGCCGGUAUUGCGUCUAAUUCUUUCGUUGCGGCGAGUUUACUACAACCAAUUAAGUGGCACAUGAAAACGGAAACUGUCGAAGAAACAAACGAGGAGAAAAACCCCGAAGAAACCAAAAUUCCCCUCUACAGGAGUGACUCACAAGUCGAGAAAAAAUCCCUAGAUAACUCAACCGAAUCACUGGAUGGGGUGGAAAACGGCCCAAUUUAUGGAAUGGACUCGGCACUAGCCGGCAGUGUGAUGUCACUACAUUCAGUCAAACGCAGAGCUUCUGUGGUGUCCCAAAACUGGAAAAAAGCCGCCUCAAUUCAUAGUCUAAACCGGCGAGAAAUCGUCUACAACCCCGAAAUGACCAAACCGAUAAAACAGAAAACAACCUGGGAGCGUUUAUCCAACUUUUUCGAUCUUGAUCUUUUCAAAGAUCCGAUCUACAUCAGCAUUAUGAUCGGUUUAUCACUAGCCAUUUUCGCCGAAAUCAAUUUCUCCCUCUUGACUGCGUUUAUUUUGAACGAAUUUGGUCUCACAACCGAUCAAAUUGCCACGUUUAUGUCCAUUUUGGGGAUCGCUGAUAUCAUUUUCCGGUUUUUGGCCCCCUACAUCGGACAAUUUUUAAAAUUACCACCGAGACAGAUGUACGUCGUGACUCUAUUCAUGUUAAUGUUGACUCGUUUUUCGCUUUUGAUUUCAAAUAAUUAUUAUAUUUUGCUGGGAGUAGCUUUGGGUUUGGGGAUUGCGAAAGGGAUCCGGACUGUUUACAUGUCGCUCGUAAUCCCGACCUAUGUCCCCAUUGAGAAAUUAGCCUCGGCUGGGGGGCUCCAAAUGAUGGUCAAUGGGUUCUGCAUUUUAAUCGGAGGACCGGUCAUUGGAAAAGUCCGGGAUAUUACAGGGAAUUACACCCUAUGUAUAGUAAUUUUAAAUUGUGUGACAUUUUCCACGAUUGCAAUGUGGACAAUAGAAGGCAUUAUUAGGAAAAUCCAUGCGAGGAAAAGCCCCAAGACUGAAGCAAUUGAACAAUCAGACACUCUACUUUACGUCAACAAAACUGGGAACAUUUCGUCGCGUCACGUUGGCGCCCUAUUUGAAACUUGGCGCGAAAAAUUCAAACUGAACUCGAUUUCGGAGCCUCGGGAGUCAAUUGAGUACAUUUUAGCGCAUUGUUUGGGCACACCGAAGAUUUCAGACGUUUACAAACACCGGGAUAGAGUUUUAAAUGAGGAUCAAGUGAAAAUGGUCGAAUCUUUAUGCUUGAAAAGACUAGAAAUGCUUCCGGUUCAAUACGUGCUAGGCGAGUGUUACUUCCGGCAAUUGGUGUUGAAAAUGUCUCCUCCGGUGUUCAUCCCCCGCCCGGAAACGGAACAACUUGUGGAUAUUGUUUUGGGGGAAAUUGAUGGUAAAAACUGUGGUCAUGUUUUGGACUUGUGUUGUGGCAGCGGUGCCAUUGCGUUAUCUCUCCUCCAGGAACGUCCGCAAAUAAAAGCCACUGCUUUGGAUCAAUCGACGGCGGCGUGUCACUUAACAAAAGAAAAUGCACAAAAGGCCGGUUUAAACAAGCGCAUCCGUAUCAUUCAGAGCCAACUAGACCAGUGGCACUGUCGCGAAAAAUUCGAUAUAAUCGUCUCGAAUCCGCCUUAUAUUUUCAGCGAGGAUUUGGAUAAGCUACAGCCUGAAAUUAAAUUGUACGAGGAUUUGGACGCUUUGGACGGAGGUGUUGACGGUUUAAACGUUAUUAAAUUAGUCCUCAAAGUAUCAUCCGAAUGUUUAACCACAAAUGGAAAAUUGUUUCUUGAAGUGGAGCCUCGUCAUCCGAGACUGCUUCAAUAUUAUUUGAGCGAGUUUGCCCCCAGGCUGGCUUACGUCGCGACCUACAAGGAUUUUCACGCCAAAGAUAGAUUCCCUGUCACUAUAAUGAACGGUGCGGUAAAAUUAGAGAACGUCCAAAUUCGAGUCCAAAACCUCCUCGUAGGCCUCCUCGGAUUCGCGCCCCAAUCUGGGGCUGUAAUGGACCUGCCGGAUGAUGGGCCCCUCACCGUUCAAAAUAAUAUAAGCCCAUGGGGUAAAAUCGUCGCUCCGCUUCUGGACACGUCCCAAUCUCGGCCCGAACCACAUCCCCCCCGAGUUCGCCCCUGGUCUCUGCGCCCCAUAACUGUUAUCAUCCGGCACCCAAUUCGACUCGCUUCUCCCAAUCCGUGGAAACGAGACCAUUUUUCCUAUCCUGCGUUUGACGUCUGCAAAAGGGCCUUUGGGAAAAUCCAGUGUCUUACUAGAUCAAGUCCGCACAAAACCUGGGUUUUGACCAAAAAUGAAAGGGCCCACGCAUCCCGAUGGAGGCUACGGCUGGGUGGUGGUCUUCUCCAGCGCCCUAACCAACGUAAGUCGCCAACAGCCCCCAACCCUCUAAACCUCAACUUUCAGUUCAUCACCCUCUCCCUCAUUCAAUGUUUCGGCCUCGUCCUCAAAGACACCUUCGCCGAACUGAACCUUUCAGCGACCCAAGGCUCCCUCAUCAUCAACUUAAACGGAGCUUUCGGUCUUUUGACCGGACCCGUGACCGGAGUUUUGCAAAAACUUUUCGGAUGUCGAAAAAUCGCAUUUGUUGGGGGCCUCUUGCUCACAUUCGGAAUGGUUUUAACGUCGUUUUCCCGGACUUUUGGCUCUCUAGUCGUCACUUAUGGCCUCGUAACUUCCCUUGGGAUGCAAAUGUGCGAAUCGAGUCAGCGACUGGCGAUUAAUCAGUAUUUUAAAACGAAGAGGAGUUUAGUGACGGGAUUUAUAAUGACAGCGGCGGGAUUUGGGCCGAUUUUGAUUCCCCAAUUGAUUCGAGUUUUGUUGAAAAAUUACUCGACCAAUGAGGUGACGCUGAUUUAUGGGGGGCUGUGUGCGCAUAUACUCAUCGCGGGGGCCCUUUUGCAACCAAUUGAGUGGCAUUGGAAGGAACAAGGGACAAAAGUGGAAAAGAUUGAGCUCAAAGAACGGAAUGAAGUCAUUUUGGAGGAAAAUUUCCUAAGCAAAAUUGUCGAUAAUUUGGCCAAAAUUUUCGAUUUGGAUUUACUCAAAGACCCGGUGUUUAAUAACAUUAUUAUUGGACUAGCUUUGGCCACUUUUGCCGAAAUCAAUUUCACUCUUCUCGUCCCGUUUAUCCUCAAUGAUUUUAAAUUAACCACGGAUCAAAUCGCGAUUUUUCUCUCGACUUUGGGCAUUUCCGACAUGAUUUCACGCUUUUUGGGCCCUUAUGUCGGAAAUUAUUUCACCAAGCCUUCGAGACUCAUGUUUGCUUAUUCUCUUGUUAUCCUCGUUAUAAUUAAAUUCACGAUCCUCUGCUCGAAAAACUUCAUUUUCCUCCUUGUCAUUGCUUUCACUUUGGGUAUAGCUAAAGGAAUUCGCAAGGUUUACAUGUGGUUGGUAAUUCCCGAUUAUGUCCCAUUGGAAAAACUACCAUCGGCCGCUGGGCUAGACAUGCUUGCACGUGGGUGUUGCAUUUUGAUUGGAGGACCGAUUUUAGGGGCGUUACGUGACGUCACUGGUAGCUACAUAAUAUGUAUUAUUGUAAUGAACUGCGUUACGAUAACCACAAUAUUAUUAUGGUCAAUAGAAGCUAUUUUAACGAAAUACACGAAAAUUAAAAUUUUACAUAGAAACACUUAACGAAACAACAAAAAUAAACGGUUUUAUGUCUGUA